AUGAUGACUCAGUUGCUUGAAUCAAUUUUAAUUCAGAUUGGAUAUUUUGAAGUAUAAAUAAACUUGUCAUUUCUUCCAAUAUUUUUCACUAUAGGCAAAUUGUUUUCAUUAAUGUUUGUGAUAUACCCAUAAUACUAAGUGGUUGAGUUUUAUAAUGAUAAACAAUCAUUGAGUGAAAAUAGGUUUUACUCAUUGUUAUAAUUUCAAAUUGAACUAAUAAACUAAGGGCUUGGGAAUUAAGAAAUACAACAUUAUUUCUCUUUGAUAUUUAAUAUUGUUAUUUCAAUAGUAAUUGGAGUCACAAUUAUUUUCAACUACAAUUAAAAUGAUAGAAUAGAUGAGUAUGUAAAAUAAUAAAAUAUACGAACUAUUUUAAUAAGAGCCAUAUGUCUUAUCAAUACUUUUAUAAAUGUAACAGUUUUAUAGCCUUUAUUAACUAUUGGUUUGUUUAACAUAAAAAACUCAAUAAAAAAUCAAUUUUACAUCUGGAUUAUAAACGAUAUGCUAUUUUUAUUUUACAUACAUUUUACCUAAAUUCUGCAUUUUCUACUAACUGAAGGCACUUUAAUUAUAAAAUGCCAUUCCUAUAAGAAGUUAUAAGUAUCAUUUGUGUAAUAUAUUGCAUAUCUAUUAAUUUUAUUUUAGCCUUACAUUUUUACAUUUACUAUACCAAAUAUCACAAAAUACACAUAAUCAAUAAUGUAUAUAUUAAUAACACUCUUUGAAAUACAUUCUAUAUUCAUUUCAAAAAUAUAUUCAUAAUAAACUCAAAUUUUUCUUGUAAUAAUUAUUCAUUCAUGUGGAAUAUUUAUUUCUCUAUGUACUUUAUUAAAUAUUGAUAAACCUUUUAUAUAUGUACUAUUGCUUAGUCCCUUUUUAACAUAUAUCGGUGUGUUUACACAUAAUUAAAAUUUGAUUUAGAUCUAAAAUAAAGAACCAUUUGAACUAUCUUAAUUGGAUCUAAAUAAUUUAAUUUGUAGAAAACUCUCAAAUUAAAAGACUCCAUUGAAUUAAACUUGUAUUUUAAACUCAAUAAAAUUAAGCAAACAUUUAUAAAAAUGCUUAAAUAACAAAUGUUUCUGUCAUAAUUAACAACUGUUCACAACUGUUCCAGAAUAACUUUUAAUUUUACCUGACAUUAUUGAAGAAGAUAUUAAGUACAAUUUGAUAAAAAAUUUAAAAAAAUAAGUUCAAUAAUAACAACCUAAAGAUAUUUUUUAUAUUUUAUGUCAUAUUUUGUUUGCUUAAUAAUAUCAUGGUGAAGUUUAUGAAAUUUACUCAAAAAUUGAAAAUAAGAGCAUUAUAGAUAAUUUAAAUAGAUUAUAAAAGAUUAAAUGGAAAGUUUUCACUAUGAUUAUAAAACAAAAUCUUUAUAAUAGUUUUACUGCAAAAGUUGAAAAUUAUAGUAAAGAAAAGAAUAAUUUAUCAAUAAAAAUUAAUUAGUUUGUUCAUUCGGAAAGUUUCAAUUAAACUAUAAAGGAUGGGUUGAUAAAGAUUAUUCAAAGAAAGUUAGAUUUCUCACAAAUAAUAUUAGAUUAAUAAAAGUAAAGUGAUUUUUUAUUUCUAUAUUAUGAUCUAAUUUAACAAAUAGAAAAAUAAGAAAAAUCUUUAAGAAUGAUAUACGAUAAAUUUUCAAGUAUAUAUCAUUCAUAUUCAAUUAGGUUAAAAAAAUUAAUCUUAACUUAUGUUCUUUUAUGGAGAAAUUAAGUAUGAUUGGAAAAAAGCAUUUGAUUAAUUGUAAAUAAAUGCUUUAGACAAUAAAUUAUUAGAUCAAUCACAUGAUAUCGAUAUUAAUAGAUUAACAAGCAAAAUGUCAUAUGUUAUAUUCUAGUUUGAGGAAAGAAAAUUAAAAAUUAAAUCAUUCUCUAAAAGGGCUCCUUAAACUUUUGGAUAUAAAAAUAAAUCAUUUGAUAAUAUUGUUAAUUCUGAUAUUUUAAUUCCAAGAAUAAUUAGAGAUUAUCACAAUAAUUAUAUUGAAUAAUUUUUAUGUGAUGGAAAGGGAAGUUUCUUUAGACAAAAAGCAUAGAUCAUUUGUUAAUUGAAAUCUGGAUUGUUAUAAAAUCUUGAUUUUUUUUAUGAUUUAUACUUUGAUAUUCAUUAGAGUUUUAGAUUCAUUGCAUUUUUUUGUGUAAUAGAAUAAAUUGAACCAACGAUUUUAAUAGAUAAAAAUAACAGAAUUUAAGGAAUUAAUAAAGAACUAUUUAAACAGUUAAAUUUUAAUCCAAAGACAAUAGAAAACUUGUAAAUAGAGAAAAGCUUCUAUAAUAUUGCUGCAAUAAAUUUCAUUCCUAUCAACAUUUUAAAUAGUAAUUUGAAAAUUGCAUCGUUUUAAUUUAGUUUUCCAAAAGAAUCAUUUUUCCUUUAAUUAGUUCAAUAGAAAGUAUCUUUAUAGAAAAUUGAUACCAAUUUAAUUACUUAUGAGAUUAAUUGUGAAAUUUUUCAUAGAGAAAACUAUAAAAUAAUAAAAUUUAAAAAAAUCUAAGAAAAUGGUUAAUUCAGAUAAUAAGUAUCAAUGGAUGUAUAAAGUAUAAAUGAUAAAAUAUUUGAAAUCAACAAUGAAGAAUCUAUCCUUUAUCCAUAUGACUGUAAUAUGGUGUCUCCAAGAGGCUCAAAUACUAAUAAUAUCAUUUUUGAAACAUAAAGAAAGACAGAUAUUAAAAUAUUUAGUGAAACUGAAGAUAAAAAUUAUUUGGUUAAGUAAAGUUAACAUGAAAUUAUCCAUGAAUAUAGUGAUUCAUAAUUCACAGUAUAAGAUGAUAAAACUAUAUAAAUUUUAGGAAAUAUAUAUGAAAAUGAUAUUAGAAAUUAAGAAAAUAUAAUAGCAGGGGGAUCAUAAGCAUCUUCAAUGGCUGGUUUAAGAAAAUCAGUGUUUUACAGAAAAUAUUCAUUAAUAAAUAUUUUAAACGAAUCUACAAAUACAGGUCCUAUUCUUUUAAAAAUUAUUGGAUUAUUAUUGAUUGCCUUGGCUUGUUAAUCCAUUUUUUUAAUAAUUGUAAUUUUUUGUCUAUACUUAGAAUAUUGUUUAUUCCAAAUAAGAUUUUGAUUCUCUUAAUUAUUAUUAUGAAUCAAUAUAAAUCAACCAUUAUUUUAUUGAACCUAUGCAAAAAUUCUUUUUAGCUCGUUACAUGCUCUAAGAUUAUUAAAUAUCUUCCUAUUUAGGAGAACUUAAUGAUACUAAAUUGAAAUAUUAUAAAAGUUUUAUUAUGCCACUUUUAAUUGAUUCUUUUGAUUAAUUUAAAUAAAAUUUUUAGGAUCAUUUUUAGGAUGAAAGUUUAUCGGAAUUUAUUAAAGAUAAAUAUGUUGUAAUUAAAUAAUAAACAUAUCAUUAUUCUCCAAUAAAAUUACAAGAAUAUAAUAUGACGCUUUUUAAUGCUUUUAGUAUACUUUUAGAUGCUUUUUAUAAGUAAUAAUAAAUCUAUGUAAAUUCAUCUCCAACUAGUGGUACUAAUCCUCAUAAUACCUAUUAAUAUAUAAAUUAUAUUUUAUUUGUGACAAUAUUUGAUCAAAUAUCUGAUUAAAUGUAUUAGGAAUCUAUAUCAUAGAUUGAUUUAAUAGUUAAAAGAUGGUUAACAGUAUUAAUUCCACUUUCAAUUAUCUAUAGUUCAAUCAUGAUCUUAUUAACUUAUUAUCAUAAUCUUUACAAUCAAUUAUUAUAAAGAUUUUUUGCAUUAAACAAUUUUGUAGAACAAUCUGCAAUUGAAAAUGAUACUACGAGGCAACUUUUUAUUCUAUAAACCUUAAAAUAAGGAUCAGAAUUAAUUCAUAAAUAUAAAUUUAAUCUUAUAGGAAAGGAGGAAAUGUUAAGAAAAACUAAAUAGAAGGAAAAAAAAAAUGAAAUAAACUAUUAAAAUGAAUUUAGAAGAACAAAAAGCAGUGUUAAAAUUCCUAAAAUCCCUUUGUUAAUUAUGAUUCUUUUUUUUUCAAUUUAGUAUUCACUUAUUGUAGGACCAUUAACUUAUGUUGGAAUUAAGUAUAUGAGAAAAUUUCCUGAUACAAUGAAUUUUUUUAAAUCAUUCUCUGAUAUUGGAGUAUAUAUACCAGCUGCAUUUUCUUAAAAAGAGAUGCUUUAUUAUUUUUUUUAUUUUUCAUAUUUCACAAAAGAUGAUAAAGUAUUUUUUAUAGAACAGAUUUAAAAAUCAGUUUAGAAGAUUGAUACUUUUUUGAAUUUAAAGUUGGAUGAUAUUAAUUAUUAAUUCUCGUCUGAAUUUUUGGACAAUUAUGAAUAUUAAGAAAAAAAUAAUCUCUGUAUUUUAUUAAAUGGCACUAAAUAUUUUGAUUUUGAGUAUUUUUGUUAUAAUUCUUAAAAUGGAAUUCUGAAAAUAGGAUUAAUUCCAACUUUGAAUGGCUUCAGUAACCUUUUAAAGAAUGAGUUAGAUUUAGAUUUCCCAACAUCAAGGACUGUCGCUCCUUAAGAGGAAUUAGAAGCAGUUUAUUUAUUUUCUGACAUAAUAUCAAUUAUUACUCAAUAGAUGGCCUCUGAUAUUUAAGAUUAAGCAUUAAAAAUUGAGUAAAUAUAUAAUGUAAAAAUAUAUUUUAAAAAAUAAUAGGUUGUUAAUGGAAUUGCCUUGACAUUUACAUUUCUAUUAAUAUUGAUAGUGUAUUUGAAAAUAUACUAGACAUUGAAAUUUAGACUACUUAGAACAAAAGCCAUUUCAUUAAUGUAUCCACUUUAAACAAUAUUUUUAAAUGAUCAUUAUGAGAGAGAACUACGUAGAAUUGUAAUAUCUGAAUAACUUAUCUGA